CACAUUUGGAUAUCGACAAAGGUAAUCAUCAAUGAUUGGUUGACUAGUGGGGUGGGUGUAGUCCCGUCACUGCCCUGCCCGUCGUUUCCGCCGCGCCCGAGCCGACGCCGAGCGAGCCACCAAAUCUACAGCCGUGAAGGGGGCGGAGAGCACGCUGCCGGCAGCUUCCCCUCCCCUCGUCUCGCCAUUUCCACGGAUUCGAAGCAGAGCAGGCCGCGCGCGGUAGGUGGAUGCCAGCGGCUGGGAUACAGGGAUUGGGGGUCCUGUUUUGACCUUGUCCGACGACGUCUUCUUGGAUGGCCGCUGCUGUAAAAACAAGCGGUGGUUUCUGUAACACACAGCAGCAGUGGCUACACUCAACGAGAGAUCUGUUUUUACAUGGAUCCACUCAUUCAAAUGCCAAAGAAUGCAAAAGCAAGAAGGCAAAAAAGCCCAUUUCACUGCGUGUGAAAGCUACUUCCACGAAAGUGGAAUUAGAUUUUAAUGAUCCAUCUUGGAAGCAGAACUUUCAAGAAGACUGGGAUAAUCGUUUUAAUCUGCCACGUAUUACAGAUAUAUAUGACUUGAAACCAAGGCCAACUACAUUCUCACUCAAGAAACAGAGAACUCCUACUGGUGAUGAAGAUAGUACACCUAUGGAUAUGUGGAAUGGUUACGUGAACAAUGAUGACCGAGCGCUUAUGAAGGUGAUAAAGUAUUCGUCGCCUACUUCUGCUGGAGCAGAGUGCAUUGAUCCUGACUGUAGCUGGGUGGAGCAAUGGGUGCAUCGUGCAGGGCCUCGUAAGGAUAUAUACUAUGAGCCAAAUGAAGUAAAAGCUGCUAUAGUUACUUGUGGAGGUCUCUGCCCUGGUUUGAAUGAUGUCAUCAGACAGGUAGUAUUCACCCUAGAAACAUAUGGGGUUAAGAAUAUUGUUGGAAUUCCAUUUGGUUUUCGUGGAUUUUUUGAAAAAGGUCUAAAAGAAAUGCCUCUUUCACGUAAUCUAGUGGAGAAUAUUAACCUUGCUGGUGGAAGUUUUCUAGGAGUCUCCCGUGGAGGAGCUAAAACUAGUGAAAUUGUAGAUAGUAUACAGGCCAGAAGAAUUGAUAUGCUUUUUGUACUUGGUGGAAAUGGUACCCAUGCAGGAGCAAAUGCUAUCCAUGAUGAGUGCCGUAAAAGAAAGCUCAAGGUUUCUGUUGUAGCAGUUCCAAAGACCAUUGACAAUGAUAUACCUUUAAUGGACAAAACAUUUGGUUUUGAUACCGCUGUGGAAGAAGCUCAACGGGCCAUUAAUUCUGCCUAUAUAGAGGCACGUAGUGCGUAUCAUGGUAUCGGCUUGGUCAAAUUAAUGGGAAGAAGCAGUGGUUUCAUUGCAAUGCAUGCUUCUCUUUCAAGUGGGCAGGUUGAUGUCUGCUUAAUACCAGAGGUCUCAUUCGCGCUCGAUGGAGAAUAUGGUGUUUUACAGCACCUCGAGCAGUUAAUAAAGAACAAGGGAUUCUGUGUGGUUUGCGUUGCUGAAGCUGCAGGACAAGAGUUACUGCAAAACUCAGGCGCAACUGAUGCAUCAGGAAAUACAAUACUUAGCGACAUUGGUGUUCACAUGCAACAAAAGAUCAAGAUGCAUUUCAAGGGCAUCGGUGUCCAUGCUGAUAUAAAAUACAUCGACCCGACGUACAUGGUCCGGGCUUGUCGUGCCAAUGCGUCCGAUGCGAUUCUGUGCACCGUGCUUGGGCAAAAUGCCGUCCAUGGAGCGUUUGCCGGGUUCAGUGGCAUCACUUCCUGCAUCUGCAACACUCACUAUGUGUACCUUCCGGUCACGCAAGUCAUCACGGCACCGAAGCGUGUAAACCAUAAGGGCAGGAUGUGGCACCGUUGCCUCACGUCCACAGGCCAGCCGGACUUCCGCUGACCACCUGUUGCUACAGAACUUGAAUGAUAAGUGCUAUGGAAUUUCGGUGUUAAGUUUUUGCCCUGUGCAAUCAGUUCGGUUUUUCUCUUUGUGUAAUCAGUGAAGUUUUUCAAUGUUAAGUACUAGAGAAUCUGAGUGCUGUGCUACAUAAUUAGUCCAGUUUUUGCUUGUGCAAUCAGUUCAGCUCAA